AGAUGACUCCCUUUUGCUUUACAGAAUUUGAGGCACGAUUUAUACUGUCAUGUGACCGAGCAUCGGUGGUAUGGGAGGUGCAAGCAACGAGUAAGUAUAUAUCCGAGCACAAGUGCAUGUUGCCGCUCCACUCUGACUGUGGCUGUUUUAUCUGCAGCGCCGACCCCGGCUGGCUUCGAUCGGCUCAGGCUUCAUCGACAAGGGCACGCGGAUGGUCAGAGGAGGAGGACAAGGCGCUCCGCGAGCUCCAUGACACCAUGACGAAGGAUGGCGGCGUCAUCAGGUCAGAUACAGACUCAUGGUUGGUGGCUGACGAUGGUGGCUGUUUGGUUCUCGUCAGAUAUGAGGCGCUGCGUGAGCAAUUGGCGGCAAAGGGCUACAAGCGUGAGGAGCCGGAGAUCUGCUUUCGCUGGAUACUCCUGGACAAGCUUUUGGCACUAGCGGGUCCUGCGACAGCAAGGCGUUCCGGUCGUCACUGGACACGAGCAGAAGUAGAGGAACUCCUCCACGGCGUACACUGCAACAUCCCGUAAGCUGCACCCAUUCAAUUCAUGACAACGAGUUGUCCUCAUUUGGUCGUAUCAGGAGGGAUGUCAUUGCAGCGGGGCUGCGCAGAAGCGUGUCGGCGUGUCUGCAAAGGUGCGCUCUCUAUCGAUCUUCCGCUGACGAACUCCGCCUGGCCCGUCACUCCAUCUUUUGGCUUCCAUCGGACCUGGAGCUGCUCAAGACAAUGCGUCAGGAGGGACUCAAGUAAGCAAACAGUACCACCACAGUCAUUGUCUGAUGUUUGCUGCUUCUCCCUGUGUCAUGUGUGUCCAUGCAGGUGGUCUGCCAUCGCCAUGGAGCUGGGUCGGUCUGAGGCUGCCUGCAAGCUCAAGUACUACAAGGAGGUGCCGCCUGAGGAGAGGGACCGGGCGGCCGGUCGCUGGAGCGUCGCUGAUGUCCAGCGGCUAAAGGAGUUGUACGGGAGGCGGCGCGAGUAUGCUUACACCACUUCCAAAUCGACAGCCUCUUACCUGAGUGUCUCCCUGUGUCAUGUGUGUCCAUCUAGGUGGUCUGCCAUCGCCAUCGAGCUGGGUCGGUCUGAGGGUGCCUGCAGGUUGAAGUACAACAGGGAGGUUCCGCCAGAGAUGAGGAGGAGGGCUGCGCCAUCCUCUCUCUCUUCCCCCUCUUCAUCGGCAGCCGUCCCACAUCCGUCACCCUCAGGCGUCCCCAGCAUCGUGGACUGGGGACCGGGAAGGGACCUCUGCGGGUCCCUUCCCGGUGCCCAGGCCGCCCUUCUCUGCGGGUCCCUCCCCGCCACCAACGCUGACGGGACAGCCAUCCCAAUUGGUCCCGGUGAUCCCGCCGCUGCCUCUAACCGCUCCGCCGCCCUACCUCCAGACCUAUCUCCAGUCGCGCUGUAUCGUCCAAGAUCGCAAAAGGCCAGCAGAACCGCAAUUGAGUCGGGGCCCUCAGACCAAGCGGUCACGCAUUCAUUGGAUAGAAGAACGGUGGAAGGUUCCAUGCACCGAGUCUGCUUCUGUGUCCGGGGGACAGGUGGCUGACAUCCAUCCGUCCACCUGACCAGUGAAUCAAUCAGUCAAUCACCGGUGACCCGGUGACGUGUGACGGUGUGUGGGGACACGAUGCCAACGUGUUCAUCGCCCACAUGGCUCAUGCGCUGUUGGAGAAGGAGGGGUGGAAGGGUCGGGGGUUCAGUCAUGUGUCUGGAUGGAUUCGCUCUCGCUUGUCUAUCGCCCUCGCGCGUGCGACUAGCUUCUGUCU